UAGAUUUUGGGCGCUCAAUUGACCAUUUUAUGAUACAUUUUUGUGAAUGGGUGUGUGUCUGGCUGCCAAAUCUGUGUUCGUGAGUCGUGGCUGACGUCACGGCCAGUUAAACAGCAGUUUUUUGGGACUGGGGAGUCACGAAGCAAGAGGACACAUUCCUUUGCACCGGGGAGCAGGCACGCCCCUCAAAGCUCCGCUGCUUUAUAACGGGACUGGGCCGGGCAGAGGGAGACAACACAACUGUAACUCUGAACUCCAAGUGGAAGCAACUGUUCCCGUCAAAUACGUACUGGGAUACCAUCCUGAAAUCCAACGAGAGAAACAUAGACACCAGAGACUCUAAAAUAAAGAUGGAUAUGUACCAAGCUGGAUAUUAUAUGGAAGACUUUAGGACACAGGAAGUCCCUGCUGGUUUGGACUUUGCAUCAUAUGACUACAGUGACGAAGACCUGUCUUUUCUAUUAGACAGUAAAGGACCCGAGCAGCAGCAGUAUCCAGAGAGUUCUGGAGAGCUGCAGAAGAAUCCACGUCCGUACGACAACAAAGUAACCUCCAGUGACUCUGUCCUGUUCAACCUGGAUUCAUACCCAGAGUUUAACUGUUGGGCGUCAUACCCAAGUGAUGGGCUGACUUUGGGCCAGUCUCAAGCGGGGUGCCAGGAUUCCACCCAGACGUACCACAGCCUUGUGCCCCUGUGUUCCCCAGCCCAGAGUGGACAGUUCAGCCCAGGCAUGGAGGAUGCCAGCACCAGCAACUCUGUCCUCCCUGGAAAAGGAACGAGCCACAGAGGGACCCCCAGCACUGUCUGCCUGGACCACCUCAGUGAAGCUGAGCACCGUCACUCAGGUGAAAAACUGUACGCACAGAAGACGUCACCCUCCUUCUGGCCAGACUACCCCUCUCCCAGCUACUGCGUAUCCCUGCUGCCCCCUCACCACCCUCCAUCUUGUUCCUCAACCCCUGGACCACAGCAGCCCUCAGAGCAGUACUGCCCCCGUGUGGCCAAACGCAAAAGUACACACUCCCAAAGACCCGAGAGGGAAGGAGGACAAGUGAUGAGAAUGUCAGCUUAUCCAGGAUCAGGGCCCAUCCAAUUGUGGCAGUUCUUACUGGAGCUGCUUCUAGACUCCGCCUGCUGUACCUUCAUCUGCUGGACAGGAGACGGUUGGGAGUUCAAGAUGUCCGACCCAGCAGAGGUGGCCAAGCGCUGGGGCCAGUGUAAGAACAAGCCCAAGAUGAACUACGAGAAGCUGAGCCGCGGCCUGCGCUACUACUACCACAAGAACAUCAUCCACAAAACGACGGGCAAGCGCUACGUCUACCGUUUCGUCUUGGACGUGCAGGGGAUGUUGGGAAAGACGGCACAGGAGGUCCUGGCCAGCCUGAACAUUUUACCCACGGGUACAGAGUCAUCCUGGCAAGGCCAGGGGGCACCAGUAUCAUCACCAGUGUCCAGCGAAGCAUGGGCGUCGCAGUAGAGGGAGUGUACCAGCACCACUGGUUCUCAUUGGUGCUAUUGUCUCUUGAUAGUGUUAUGGCUACAUCACUAGAAAAAUGCUAUGUAGAAUAAGCAUGCCUCUUUGACAUGUAGAAAAGGAAUAACAUCGGCUCUAUUCAUGGGAUUUCUAUCUGCAACAUUAGACAAUGUUUGGUGUAACACUUUUAUUACCAAGUGAUACAGUAGUAGCCAUAGCUGUGGGAAGUAGGCAUGUUGAGGUUGCUGCAGCACCCCCUGAAAAAUCUGAAUUUAAAAAAGUAAGUAGUAGCCUUCAAUUUGAUUUGGUUUUAGUGUAUGACUUACCUCCUAUUAACAUCAGCAUAAUAAGAGCUCAAUGAAACUGUAUGCCCAGCUGUCUCCAAUACUGAUGCUCUUUAUGGUAAUGACAUGGUUAGUGAUUAACAACCCCCCUCCAUCCUCAAGUACUUAUUUCCCCCUCUAAAAUAAUGGGUGCAUGACACCCCUGCUUACCACCCAUGCUGUUAUCCAUGCUGUUGAACAAUGUUUGACAUUAACUUUGACUGUGAGGAUCAGUCUGUUUUUAUACUCUUACAUAUCUACCUCUUUUAUUGCUGACAAAAUAAAGCUAAGGGGGACAAUGCUUGUUCUGUUGAAUAUAAUGUGUGUGAUUUGCAUGAUUUAGGGAACAAUGUUUGUAAAAUGAUUGUAAAUAAACUGUACAUAACUUAAAUACUA